AUGGAGCCCGGGCCGCGGCCGCGGCGGCGCAGGUGCCGCCCGCCGGUCUCCGCCUUCCUGCGCGACCCGAGCUCCGGGCGCGUCUACAGGCGCGGGAAGCUGAUCGGCGAGGGCGCCUUCAGCCGCUGCUACAAGCUGACCGACACGUCCACCAGCGCCGUAUUUGCCCUCAAGGUGGUGCCUCGUGGUGGGGGCGGGGCCGGGCGGCUGCGCCCCCGAGGGAAGGUGGAACGUGAGAUCGCCCUGCACAGCCGCUUGCAGCACCGAAACAUUGUAGCCUUCCACGGACACUUUGCAGACCGUGACCACGUGUACAUGGUGUUGGAGUACUGCAGCCGCCAGUCACUGGCCCACGUUCUGGAGGCGCGGCAGACCCUGACGGAGCCCGAGGUGCGUUACUAUCUGCGGGGCCUGGUCAGCGGCCUGCGCUACCUGCACCAGCAGCGGAUUGUGCACCGCGACCUGAAGCUCAGUAACUUCUUCCUGAACAAGAACAUGGUGGUAAAGAUUGGAGACCUGGGGCUGGCUGCCAGGGUGGGGCCGGGGGGCCAUUGCCAUAGAGUGCUCUGUGGGACCCCAAACUUCCUGGCCCCAGAGGUCGUCUCCAGGCAUGGGCACUCCCGCCAGUCGGACAUUUGGGCUCUGGGCUGCAUAAUGUACACAGCGCUGACCGGCGCCCCUCCCUUCACGGCGGCCCCCCUGGCGGAGAUGUACCAGAACAUCAGGGCCGGCCGCUACCCCGAGCCUGCGCACCUGUCCCCCGGCGCGCGCCGCCUCAUCGCCCGCCUGCUGGCGCCCAACCCCGCCGAGCGGCCCAGCCUGGACCACCUGCUGCAGGAUGACUUCUUCACACAGGGCUUCACUCCGGAGCGGCUGCCGGCCCACUGCUGCCACCGCGCGCCCGUCUUCACCAGGCCCCAGCCUCUGCGCAGGCUCGUCCGGAGGGUGGGCCAGCUGCUGCUGGCCCAGCGCCGGCCUCCCUGCCCCUGCAGUCCUAACGAGGCGUCAGAUCCAGGAGGAGGAGGUUCGGACCCUGACUCGGUGGAGUGGGGCGGUGAGGCCUCCCUGUUGGACAGAGAGGCUCCCCGCCCUGAAGUCCCCGUCUACCUGCUCACCCAGGGCACCCUCCGGAGUGACCCAGCAGGCCCCAAGGGGAGCCAGAGGCAGGAGCCAGAGGCAGCCGUCAGGAACGUGCUGCUCUUUCUGGAUCCUGGCCUCCCAGCCCCGCAGGACCCCCCGGGACAGCAGCGGCCGGUCCUCUGGGUCCCCAGGUGGGUGGACUAUUCCAGCAAGUACGGCUUCGGCUACCAGCUGUCGGACGGGGGCCGGUGUUCUGCUCCGGGACGGCACGCACAUGGCCCUGCGCCCCCCGGGGGAGAGGGCCGGCCCAAGCCCGCCCCCGCCCCCGCGCCCGGCCUCUGCCUGCUGCGCUUCCUGGUGUCCGAGCGGGUUUUGCUGCUACUUCUCAGCGACGGGACGGUGCAGGUGAGCUGCCGUGGAGACGAGGCUCACCUGGUCCUGAGUGGCCGGGGUCAGGAGCUGCUGCUCACGGUCUGGGGACGCAGCCAUAGCAGCACCGUGUACCCCCUGGGCGCCCUGGGGGACUCCGGCUGCGCCCCGGCCACCCGCCAGCACCUGCUCCACGCUCUUCACAUGCUGCAGAGCAUCUAGCGCCCCCUGCAGGGGGUGGCAGGGACCCUGGCUCCAUUCUCCCCCGGGGGGGGGGGGGGGAUCCCUGGGGACAGCUUAGGGUAGCACGGAAGGGGAGGCUUGCUCUGGGUCAC